GGGUGAGGAAAGGAUGAGUAGGAAACGAGACUGUCCAGAGUCGGGUCUCGCUUAACGGUGGUCUAGUCCCGAUAUGACCUUAGCGCAUGAUCCUCCGCCGCCGGAGUUUGCAUGUCGGAGCCUGAGAGACAAGGCCGCCGAUUGCCGCCGUCAUCGCCAAAGAAAACCCCAAAUCUUCCUGCGGAUUUCCUGCUAUGACAGCGACAGCGACAGCAAUGGCAGCCAUCAUGAACAGCGUCCGAGCCUCACGAUCCCUCCUUGCCCGUCCUCGUCUCUACCAGGCCCCCAUUGCCCCAGUCGGUCGUCUUUUUGCUCAACGGCAAACAUGGCGGGGCAUGGCAAGCUCCGUUUCCUCUGAUAGCCAGCAUAAGCUGCUGUCGUCUCGUCUCGAGGAAGCCGAUCCUGCCGUCUACGAUAUCAUCCAGAAGGAAAAACGGCGGCAGAAGCAUUUUAUAAACCUGAUACCCUCGGAGAACUUUACCUCUCAGGCGGUCUUGGAUGCACUCGGCAGUGUUAUGCAAAAUAAAUACUCGGAAGGGUACCCCGGAGCUAGAUACUACGGCGGAAACGAAUUCAUUGACCAGGCAGAGAUUCUAUGCCAGCAACGCGCCCUCCAGGCAUUUCACUUGAAUCCUGAACAAUGGGGUGUCAACGUCCAGCCUCUCUCCGGAUCUCCCGCAAACCUUUAUGCCUACUCCGCCCUCCUCAACACACAUGAUCGAAUCAUGUCUCUCGACCUUCCGCACGGUGGCCACUUGUCGCAUGGAUACCAGACUCCGACCAAGAAGAUUUCGAUGGUCUCAAAGUACUUUGAGACGUACCCGUACAGGCUAGACGAGAAGACGGGUCUGAUAGACUAUGAUAAGCUAGAAGAGCAGGCAAUUCUGUACAGGCCCAAGAUCAUCGUCGCUGGGACAUCUGCAUACAGCCGCCUGAUCGACUACGACCGCAUGAAGAGCAUCAGCAACAAGGUCGGUGCAUACCUCCUGGCUGAUAUGGCACAUAUCUCCGGGCUUGUUGCUGCGUCUGUGAUUCCCUCGCCGUUCGCGACAGCCGACAUUGUCACCACCACAACGCACAAAUCUCUGCGCGGUCCACGCGGAGCCAUGAUCUUCUUCCGCAAAGGCGUGCGUAGCACCGACAAGAAGGGCGUCGAGACCCUCUACGAUCUCGAAGGUCCCAUCAAUGCGUCUGUCUUCCCCGGCCACCAGGGCGGCCCGCACAACCACACCAUCACCGCACUCGCCGUAGCCCUCCAACAAGCACAAGCCCCAGAAUUCAAAGAGUACCAGAACACCGUGCUCAAGAAUGCGCGCGCCCUUGCGGAACGUCUAGGCAACUCCAAAGACGCUGGCGGCCUAGGCUACACGAUCGUCUCCGGCGGCACGGACAACCACCUUGUCCUGAUCGACCUGAAAGACCGCGGCAUCGACGGCGCCCGUGUGGAGCGCGUGCUCGAACUCGUCGGCGUCGCGAGCAACAAGAACACCGUGCCAGGAGACAAGUCCGCCAUGAAGCCCGGCGGUCUCCGCAUGGGCACGCCCGCCAUGACGACACGUGGUUUCACGGCCGACGACUUCAGACGCGUUGCCGAUAUCGUGGACCGCGCCGUGACUAUUGCUGUUAAGGUGGACAAGCAGGCGCGUGAGGCGGCGGAGGAGAAGGGGCGGAAAAAUCCCGCUAGCGUGGCGGCGUUCAAGGAGUACCUGGGCGAGGGCGAGGACGUUACUGAUAUUGUGCAGCUGCGGCAGGAGGUGGAGGACUGGGUGGGCACGUUUAGUCUGCCAUGGGAAUAAGUAGUUGUUUGGGGGCACCUGACGGACAUGUGGGCGUUCAAGCGGUUUCAACUCGCCGGCGCUUUUCGGAAGGCUUGUUUUGUGUAUAUCUUGCGAAAUUGGCAUCUUGCGGGUCGGCAUCUUGCGAUUUUGAAAAUAAGUGUUUUAUUGUACUUUGCACUCACAAAAAUCACACGGUGUAGUGCCUGCGUCAUGAAUGACUGUGUCUCUUGUUG